CUGCUGUCGCAUUAUCGGGUUGCAUUAUCGCGUAGAUUAGAGUUCCUGUUUCCCACCUUCUAUUCUAAGAUCUUCGAUUGGGUAUAAAAGUUGAGUGCUACACGAAAAUCAAUCAUAGUUUGUCACGGCAUUACUCGAACGACAUGGAUUUCAACGCAAUUCUCGAGAAGACCAAGGCCUUCAGCAAGAAGCCCCCAACGGAGGUUUACCUGGAGUUCUAUGGUCUGUACAAGCAGAUCCAUGAGGGUGAUAUUACCAUCGAGAAGCCCGCCGAUGCCGAGGGUGCUGCCAAGUACGAUGCCUGGCUGAGCCGCAAGGGACUAUCCGUGGAUGCCGCCAAGGCCGCCUACACUGCCCUGUAUGAGAAAUACGAUCCCAUCUACGGAUAAACUAUAGCAAUAGCUAUCGUCUCUGUCCCCCGUCCUUGAGCAACAACUUUGUCUUUGAUCCGGCAAUAAAUCUUGUUAAACCAAAAGCUUUUAUUGUAUCUCUGA